CCUUAGCUCUGAAAUCUUGAUCAGUUACAAAACAAAAUGCAGUUUGGCAUCACUGAAAUCUAAUCAACAUAAUGUUUAUAAUAUGCAAUUGUGAUUUGAGGGCAAGACUUAAGUGAAUAUCCUAAAUUUCAAUUUACACAUAUAUUAUUUUCAUGUUGGCCUCUUUAAUGCUACUUUUAUGUUUUUAGCUUCACACCCUUUUAUUGUAUGGCAAAGAACAUUGUGAACAGCCUCCAAAAUAUAUUAUUUUGUGUUUCACGGAUGCAAUAAAAGCAUGUAAAGAAUGACAUGAGGGCCAGUUAAGGAAGACAGAAUCUAAUUUUAGUUUGAACUACUAAAAAGCAUUUACUUUUCAUGUCACUUUUCAGCUAAAUUACUCACCACAGCAGCACCUGAUUUUACAACUACUAUUUCUAAGAGUCUUCAGACAAUGGAAAUACAAACAACCAUCGCUCUGGUCACAACAGCCCUGCCUCUGGACCCGCGUACACAUAAGGAAAAUACUGGGACUGGCACCUCUCAGCCUGUAUUCAAUCAUAAUUCCUUUGAUCUAAGCAGCAGCAGUAUGGGGAACGCCGUGCGUGAAGCCUGUAAGAUGCUGGGUCAGAAGAUGAAAGGAAAUUGCACGGUGAUCGUGGAAAUUAAUGACAAACGUUUAAUUGCAAAAGUUACAAUAGAUGCUGAUCAAAAGAUACAGCCAGAAAACUACAAACCUCCAGAACAGGUCAGUGGAUAUACAGACAAUAAUACUUUGCAGAAAGAAGAUGUGAGCAAGGACACAAUACCAGACAUGUUGAUCGCCAUCUUGGCUUCUUGUGGCGCUUUGGUGCUCAUUCUGUGCUGCUUUGCGGCGUACUGCACUUAUCAUCGCAGAUCCUACAGGAAGAACCAGCCGCAACACCUGACGGAAGAGCUGCAGACAGUGGAGAAUGGUUAUCAUGACAAUCCCACGCUGGAGGUGAUGGAGGUACAGCCGGAGAUGCAAGAGAAGAAACUGGCAUUGAACGGGGAGUUCAACGACAGCUGGAUCGUCCCCAUGGACAACCUGCUGAAAGAAGACAUACCUGAUGAAGAAGACACCCACUUGUAAUGGCACCGGAUGAGCUGUCAGGAGAGCGAAACCUGCUGCUCUCAUAACGGUGGAUGGUGAACGGCCAGAAUGUAGAGAAAGCAGAGACUGACAUAAAGACUAUCAAACAUCAGUUGUUUUCAUUUGGUGCCUGGAUGUACAUGCUGUAAAUAAGUAGUUAAAUGCUAAGUAUGUGCUAGAAAUAGAAGAAAAGUUUCAAGAUUUGUGUGUCACUACGUAUGGGAAAAGGAAAAUUCUGUAAAUGGAACGUCAAUGCAUUCCAUUUUCUUCCAAUCUAUGGCCUCUCUUUGUGCCUUAUUCAAAACUGUUUCAAAACCAAUAGUUUUCUAAUAAACAAUUUGAUGAGCAUAAAAUAUAUAACAAACAUUGGCUAAAAUAUCCCAUUUUUAAUUUAAAUGAAAA